AUGGAAAUUACGGAGAACAACAUAGAUGGUGGAAAAGAACGGAUUGAAAAAGCGCAGGUCAUCAACGAAAAUAGAAACGAGAACAUCAUAGUUACUGAUCCUGAUAUGAUGUGCGGUAUUGGAAGAUGGCAACCCAAGUUCCUCCAGUGUUUUGCAAAUAUAAAGUUUGUCUUCUUCCUCUUCUGUGCUGCAAAUUUUCUCCUCAGCUUCAGUUACAGCGUCUUCAUAGCCACCAUAACAAGUAUCCAGAAGCGUUACGCGCUUCCGAGCUUGUUCUUUGGUCUAAAUGCAACUCUUUUUGAUAGCGCGAUUUUACUAAGCGUUCUGUUCGUGGCGUACUUGGGAGGUAGACACGGAAGCCAUCGACCGCGUUGGGUUGGUAUAGGAUUAGUGCUCGCAGCGAUAAGCUCAUCGUCCAUCUCUCUGAAUCAUUUCAUGUCGUCGCCAUAUGAGUACGGUAAACUGGAUUUAAAAUCAAAUAUAACUACACUGUGUUCCGAAGACUAUGACUACAUGAAAGUAAACCGUAGCUUAACGGAUUGCUCGUCGGACAGCGCACGCGCGGCGGAGUCAGAUAGUGUAAGGAUGGCAGUUAUGAUGUUGUUAGGGCAUACAUUGGCAGGAAUAUGCUACACUCCGUUUAUUGUAUUAACACCUACAUACUUAGACGAUUUCAUUGGUAAAAAGAAAUCACCACUAUAUUUAGGUAUAUUCUACGCUAUGUAUUCUCUUGGAGCAGUCGUUGGAUUUCCCUUCUCAUCAAUCUUCGUCAGCAUAUAUGUGGAUGUGGGCCGGGUUGACUUGACAACUGUGGAUUUAACACCAGACGACGCGCGAUGGGUCGGCGCUUGGUGGUUGGGUUUCAUCGUGGACGGGAUUUUGACAUUAAUGGUUGCCAUUCCGUUGGUAUUCGCACCAAAGAAACUGGCGCUGUCAACAAAUAAAUUAAAUGAUGUGAAGCAGGAGAGGAAACAUGAAAUAUCGCUGCAAAACAACGAUGGGGAUGAUGAUGAAAAUGCUGUGGGUCAAGAAGCGUUGAAACGAAUCAAAGAAUUUCCAAAAGCUCUUGGUCGGUUAUUCACAAACUUGUCCCUCAUUUCUAUCGCAAUCGCUUACGGACUAGAGGUUGCCAUGAUCUCAGGAUUGGUGACUUUCGCCACUAAAUACACAGAGGUACAAUUUCGCAUUUCUGCUACAAUGAGCGCUAAUAUAACCGGUGUUGGGCUCGUUAUAUCUUCUACCAUUGGUACCUUGCUUGGUGGAUACUUCCUGAGACGUUUCAAACCCGACUUAGUAACAACUGUCAAAUAUGUCGUUAUUAUUGCUAUAUUCAACGUAUUUCUACCGAUACCAUUGCUUUUCUUGGGAUGUAAUAAUGAAGAGUUUGCUGGGGUAACCAUUCCAUACCAGAAAUACAAUGUCACUGUCAAUGACACAUGGGAAAGUGAAGACUUGUGGCCUGACUCUCCACUGGUGUCACCGUGUAACAUAUAUUGCGACUGCGCAGAUAGCAGGUACGAUCCGGUGUGUGGCAAUGAUGGCAUUACAUACUUUUCCUCGUGCUUUGCAGGCUGCACUGAGACAACCACACAUAAGAACUUUAGUUCGUGUUCAUGUAUAAACCCUGGAACGUCAGUAUUAUCUGAACAGACAGCCCAGAUUGGCAUAUGUGGCGGGCAGUGUACAUCUAUGUUGAUCCUUUUCAUAGUCGUCAUCUUUGUCGAGAGUCUCGUCGCUUCACUACCACUAACUGCUUUUGUGAUUAUAACAUUUCGUUGUGUUGCUCCCGCUGAUAAACCGUUUGCCCUUGGGAUUCGUCAACUGUUUGCUCAAGUACUCGGAUGGGUACCAACGCCUAUUUAUAUGGGCAUUAUCAUCGACUCGACCUGCCUAUUAUGGAGCCAAAAUCAGUGCAGCGAAUUCAGCACUUGUUGGCAAUACGAUCUCUUUGAUUAUCGUUAUAAGCUUUUCACCUUUCAAAUAGUUCUCAAGAUAUUAGCUCUUCUUAUGUACACCAUAUGUUGGCAGUCGCUAAAACGAAAGAAAGAGAAAGGGACACUCCAUUAA